CAUUUCAAGAGUGUCAGUAUCAAUACAGGACGUCACUGUGAAGCCUGGAUACAGUUAAAGUGAAUCUCGACAUUUCUGAAAUUGUCCAUUCACUUAGGAGAAAAGGGCUAUAACUAAAAGCUACAGGCAAAGGUGAAAUGUAAAAUCUGAGCACAUAGGAAGACUGUGUAGCUUGUAUGUCUGCAGAAAAAAAAUGUUUUUAGUUUCGGUGCCAUCCCUGAGUGGGCCAGAAAUUGCCCUGGACUCCUGGUGCCCUCCCAGUCCCAGACUAUCAGGGAUGCCAUCCACAUCGCAGCUCAGCAGCCCACAGGAUGUCCGGAGCGUGCAUCUGUUUUCCGUGCACAGUGACAGUAUUGAUCUCCUGUCUUCGUUGCUGUAGCAUGCUAAGGAUUUUCUUUGGAAAAGGCUGGAUUCAGUACACGCGUGAACUUGGGACACCUCCAGCAUUCAGGGCUGUCCGGGAUGCCCCUGACCGGCGCUGGGCAGCACUGGUACCGCCCCUUCCCCCGUCAGGGCCGGGGAGGGGACGCUGGACCAUCGAAUGCCAAGGGAGGGGCUGUCUAGUCCUCGCGAGGCUUCGUUGUCGCGGAGGAGGAAGCGGCGGCGGGCGGCCGGUGGGGAUGCGCUCGGAAGAGGGGGCCGGAGGCCCGGGCGCCGCCCUGUCUGCGCGGGGCCCCAGCUGGAGGGAGAAACUGUCGGCCCCGGAGGCCCAAUUCCGCCGCGAGUCGCCUCGGAGGGAGUCCGCGCUGGCUCCGGCCCCGUCCUUCAGUGAGAGCGGGGCGGGCAAGCCUCGCGAGGAAAAGAGGACGGCGCUGAGUAAGGUGGUCCUCCGGCGUCUGCCCCCUGGCCUCACCAAAGAGCAGCUGGAGGAGCAACUGCGCCCCCUGCCUGCGCACGACUACUUCGAGGUGGUAGCUGCGGACCUCAGUCUCUAUCCUCAUCUCUACUCACGAGCCUACAUUAACUUCCGGAACCCUGAUGACAUCCUUCUGUUCAGAGAUCGCUUUGAUGGAUAUAUCUUCAUUGGCAAUAAAGCCAGAAGAACCACACCUCUUUUGGAAUAUAUUAAAACUAGAAAACUAGAAAAGCAGAGAAUUCGAGAAGAAAAACGCGAAGAGCGGAGGAGGAGGGAGCUGGAAAAGAAGCGUUUCCGGGAAGAAGAGAAAAGGAAAAGGAGGGAAGAGGAGAGAUGGAGAAGGAAGGAGGCGGAUAAGCACAAGAGAACUGAGAAGGAGGUGAAGAUUAAGCUUCUCAAGAAGCUGGAAACAGGGGAAGAAGCAGCCACAGAGAAGCACAAAGAAAGAGGUGACUCAGUUGGUCCUGGAGACGAAAAGCAGGAAGCCCGGCCAGUGGAAAGCCUGCCAGAGAUGCCUGGGGAGAGGUUUUGACAGCUGUCUAAUACCACGAGAAUGAAGAAGAGAGACUCUCCGUGUGAUUAUGUGGCCACCCAGGCAUUUGAAGCAAGAAGUCCGAUUUUCCCUGUCACGGGUUCAAAGAAUAAUCAAAACUUUUUUUUUUA